CUAUCCUUGCUACUGCGCCCCCCACCUACAAUCUGUGUGCAGAUUCAGAAAUGGGAUCGAGUUCAAAUAGUUGGACUACCAAGCAAAACAAACUGUUCGAGAAUGCUUUGGUGAUGUAUGACAAGGACACCCCGGACCGCUGGGAGAACAUGGCCAGGGCUGUGGGUGGGAAGACUGUGGAGGAGGUGAAGAGGCACUAUGAGAUGCUUGUGGAGGAUGUCAAGCAUAUUGAGUCUGGCCAAGUCCCAUUGCCUGACUACAGAAAAGCUGGAGCCUCCAACAAAGGAUACAACUUCAACAAUGAAGAACAGAGGUUGAAGUAUCUGAAGCUCUAAGCAGAUAAUAUGACGAAUUAGCAGCAAUAAGGAUCCAUUAUGCUUCAUGCUACAAAGCAAGUAAUGGAGUACUAGAAUAACAAGAAGUUAAUCUCCUUCCCUCUCCUUUUCUCUGCUUCAUGCUACAAAGCAAGUAAUGGAGUACUAGAAUAACAAGAAGUUUAUCUCCUUCCCUCUCCUUUUCUCCCCCAUACAGUGUAAUGUAUAAAUUUUAUUUCUUCUCCUGUAGGAUGUGUCCUCACUCCUUGUUCUGCAAGUCCUUCAUCCCUUUAUCCUCCUACCAUAUUGUAAUGGAAUCUUGCAGAAACAAAUGUAUCUACUUGUUAUAAUAGAUCGUACGUUUGCUAUGCUUUAA